UGACCUGAAUCAGAAUACAACCUAAGAAUUUGAGGCCCGUCCCAUCCAAUUUUCAACGCUGACCCUUCCCGAACGAUUUGAACAUUUAGUUCACCAUCAUUAGGGUGGCGGUGAACUGCACGAAUUGUACGGAGGAGCAGAGCGCAGAUCUGGCAACUUUUUCCAGCAACACUAACGUCGGAAAGAUUAAUGCUGCAAUCAGUAGCAACAAUUGAAGUACAGCAGGCACAACACUGAACUGGGACAAGAUAAAUCGGUAGCAUGCUCGAUGGUAGGCUUUCGAAGAAUUCCAGAGCGAAGUUAUUGUCGUAGGCAUGGCCCCAGCCGUCGAGCUACAUUAGUAUUAGCAACUACCCAAGGGCAAACAUUCGCAGGUCUACUUACGGGCUACACCGCCAAACGUGCUAGAAUCAGCAGCAGCCUUGCAUGCCAGUAUUCGCAGGUCUACUUACAAUCUACGCCACCAGACGUGCCAGAAUUAGCAGCCGCUUCGUAUAUCAGUAUUCACAGGUCUACUUACGUCCUAUACCACCAAACGCGCUGGAAUCAGCAGCCGCUUUACAUGCCAGUAAUCAAAGGUCCACUUACCCUCUAUAUCACCAAACGCGCCAGAAAUCAGCAGCAGCCUCGCAUGCUAGUAUUCGCAGGUCUACUUACGCGCUACACCACCGAACAUGCCAGAAUUAAUAGCAGCACCCUCACAUGCCAGUAUUCACAGGUCUACUUACGCGCUACACCGCCAAACGUGCCAAAAUCAGUAGCAGCCUCGCAUACCAGUAUUCGCAGGUCUACUUACAGCCUACACCACCAAUCGUGCCAGAAUCAGCAGCAGCCUCUCAUGCUAGUAUUAAGCAGGUCUACUCACAAUCUAGACCACCAGACGUGCCAGAAUCAGUAGCAGCUUCGCAUGCCAGUAUUCAAAGGUCUACUUACGUCCUACACCACCAAACGCGCCAGAAAUUAGCAGCAGCCUCACAUGCCAGUAGUUGUAAGUUUACUUACGUUCUACACCACCAAACGCGCCAGAAUUAGCAGUAGCCUCGCAUAUUAGUAUUCACAGGUCUACUUACCUCCUACACCGCCAAACGCGCCAGAAUUAGCAACUGCCUCGCAUGCCAGUAUUUACAGAUCUACUUACAGCCUACACCAAACGCGCCAGAAUUAGCAACUGCCUCGCAUGUCAGGAAUUACAGAUCUACUUACAGACUACACCGCCAAACGCGCUAGGAUCAGCAGCAGCCUCAC